GGUUGAAGUCAGUAUCGCGAUGUGAACACACCAACACGAACACAUUAGUUUUUGUGAGUGUAGCGAGGCACAAGCCAACUUCUCUGCCGUGAGCUGAAGGAACAGGGGACGCGGCUCCGGACCAAAACAAGGUUAUUUGGAGAGUGAUGCGCUGUUGAUUGAAAAAGUGGAGGCUAUGGACGGAUCUGAUGGCCGUGAAAAUGCUCCAUCUGCCAAGAAGAGUGGAAAAACCUCGUUGCUGGACAGCGGGGAGGACUUUGAAGUUUUAGAUGAAGAGGACAUCGAUGAGGACCUUCCUCCUCUGGAAGAUGCCGGGAAUGGGAACAAAGCAGAUAAUACAGAAAAGCAAAACGUUGACGAAGAGUCUGAGGCUUCAGAGCAAAUGGAUGAAUGGCUGGAUGUGUUAGGAAACGACCAGCUGAAGAAGAAAGUCCUUGAGGCAGGGAAGGGGCGAGGCAGCCGACCUCAGAAAGGACAGAAUGUGAAAAUUAAUCUGAAAACACAUUUGAUGGAUGGGGCUCUUGUGGAGGAGCAACAUUGUCUCUCUUUUACUCUUGGGGACGGCGAUGUCUUACAGGCGCUGGAUCUGACUGUGCAGCUCAUGGAAAUGGGAGAGAAGGCACUCAUUCACACUGAUGCAAAAUAUGCAUAUGGUGCCAGGGGAAGCCUUGACCCCGAGGUGCCCCCCAAUGCUCAGCUGUCCUUAGAGGUGGAGCUGUUGGAAGCCACCGAUGCGCCGGACGUGGAGCUCAUGCCUCCUUCAGAAAGAAUCGCCCUGGCCAUCCGCAAGAGAGAGAGGGGCAACGUUCACUAUCAGCGGGCGGACUAUGCAUUCGCCGUCAACUCGUACAGCAUCGCCCUGCAGAUUACAGAAUCAAACUCCAAAGUUGAUAUUAGUCCUGAGGAGGAGAAGGAGCUGCUGGAUGUCAAAGUGAAGUGUCUGAACAACAUGGCUGCCUCUCAGCUGAAGCUGGACCACUACGACGCGGCUCUUAAAUCUUGUGUCUCAGCUCUGGAGCACCAGCCAGACAACAUAAAGGCCCUUUUCCGCAUGGGCAAGGUGCUGGCUUUGCAAGGUGAAUACACUGAGGCAAUUCAAAGCUUACGGAAGGCGCUGAAGCUGGAACCAAGCAACAAGACAAUUCAUGCAGAGCUCUCCAAGCUGGUGAAGAAACACUCGGAGCAGAGGGGAGCAGAGCAGGCCAUGUACAAGAAGAUGCUUGGAAAUCCUUCUAGUAGUAGCGGCAUGCCGAAAUCCAGAGCCAAGUCUUCAUGGGGUCUCAGCUGGAAGUGGCUUUUUGGUGCCACUGCUGUAGCCAUCGGUGGAGUAGCUCUAUCUGUUGUCAUAGCGGCCAGAAACUGAAGUGAACCAGAAGAGUCAAAUGCGGUGGGGGGGGGAGAGCCCGAAACACUGAAGCACAUCUGGCAACGCCGUCAGUCCUUCGAUGAAAGGAGUUGGAAAUGUCAGGUGGUGAAUCGCCUCUUCUCUGUCGCACCUUUUUCUCUACUAUGUUUGAGAACUAUAUGUGACAAUUAUUAAAAUAAUAAUACUUGCAUAUGGGGGAAGGUUUUUCCAGCCUUGUAGAUGUAUGCAUCUUUCCUAUGUUCCAGCUGUUCUUUUUUUUUUUUUUUUUUUGUCCCUUGUUGUCGGUGUGUGAAAUUAAUUGUUUGAAAUUGAAUACUAAUGAGAACAGAUUGAGAUAUUUUUACCACAAAGAAGAUAAAUAGCUAUUCUGCUGAGAUAUAGUCUAAAAGCAGUGGCUUACGCUUGUAAGAUAAUAUUUAUUACCUAAAUGAUGUGAUUUCCGUUUCCUGUCAAACUCCUCCUGAUUAUCUGAGGUUCACAAGAUGUGGGCUGUGUGCCGGCCCGUUUACACUUUAUACAGAUUCUAUAUGUCAAUACACUAAAUGACCAAAGUAAUGAAAACGCCUUUACAAAGCGGUACAGUACAGCGGCCCUAAGCGGACUACCGUACGUUGAUCAGCUUCUCAUCAGCUGAUUUUUGACGAGGCCGUUUUCUGUGUCACCAUUUCCCUCAUUUGGCAUUACAGAGUAAAACCAAAUAACCACCACACAACAUAUUUCAGUUUAAUAAAAAAAA